GGGGGGGAGGAGGUGGUAGGAGCAGCGGGAGGCCAUGGCUGGACGGUGACUGACGUGGAGAGUGUCAGCACUGAGGGACAAACUUCAGGGGAGAAAAAGUCUUGAGAGAGAAAUCGAUCGUGUGUGAGUGAGCUGCAGUUAGUUAGCCCGGACGCAGCACAAUGAGUCUGGAUAAAGCACAGCUGUGUGAUUCUCUGUUAACCUGGUUACAGACAUUUCAGGUGCCGUCAUGCAACAGCAAGCAAGACCUAACAAGCGGCGUGGCCAUUGCACAUGUGCUGCACAGAAUAGACCCCUCUUGGUUUAAUGAGACAUGGCUCGGCAGGAUCAAGGAGGAGAGCGGGGCCAACUGGCGCCUCAAGGUCAGCAACUUGAAAAAGAUUCUUAAGAGCAUGCUGGAGUAUUAUCACGAUGUGCUCGGUCACCCGGUAUCAGAUGAGCACCUGCCAGACGUGAACCUCAUAGGAGAGAUGGGCGAUGUCACUGAACUGGGCAAGCUGGUACAGCUCGUAUUGGGCUGUGCUGUCAGUUGUGAGAAGAAACAAGAGCAAAUCCAGCAGAUAAUGACACUUGAGGAAUCCGUCCAGCACGUUGUGAUGACAGCCAUUCAGGAGCUCUUAUCAAAGGAGCCUUCAUCUGAACCGGGAAGCCCAGAGACCUAUGGGGACUUUGACUACCAGUCCAGGAAGUAUUAUUUUCUAAGUGAGGAGGCAGACGAGAAAGAGGACCUGAACCAGCGCUGUCGAGACCUGGAACAUCAGUUGUCGGUGGCUCUGGAGGAGAAGUCGUCCCUACAGGCAGAGACUUGCUCCCUGAAGGAGAAGCUGAGUCGCUUCGACUCUCUGGACAACUCAACCACUGCCAUCACUGGCAAGAAGCUGCUGCUGCUGCAGAGUCAGAUGGAACAGCUUCAAGAGGAGAACUACAGACUGGAGAACAGCAGAGAUGACAUGCGCGUGCGGGGAGAGAUACUGGAGCAUGAGGUGACCGAGCUGCAGCAACGUAACGAGGAGCUGACCAGCCUGGCGCAGGAGGCCCAGGCCCUCAAAGAUGAAAUGGACAUUCUCAGGCACUCGUCUGACCGGGUGAACCAACUUGAAGCCCUGGUGGAGACGUACAAGAGGAAGCUGGAGGAUCUGGGAGACCUGCGCAGACAGGUGCGCCUCCUGGAGGAGCGCAACACCGUGUACAUGCAGCGCACCUGUGAGCUGGAAGAGGAGCUCCGCAGGGCCAACUCUGUCCGUAAUCAGCUGGACACCUAUAAGAGACAGGCACAUGAGCUUCACACCAAGCACUCGGCAGAGGCCAUGAAAGCUGAGAAAUGGCAGUUUGAGUACAAGAACCUUCACGACAAGUAUGACGCACUGCUGAAGGAGAAAGAACGUCUGAUCUCAGAAAGAGACACGCUUCGGGAGACAAACGAUGAGCUCAGGUGUGCACAAGUCCAACAGAGGUGUCUCAGUGGAGCUGGAGGCUUGUGUGACAGUACUGUCACAGUGGGAAACCUCGCUGCAGAGAUCAUGCCCACUGAGCUCAAGGAGACAGUGGUGCGUCUACAGAGUGAAAACAAGAUGUUGUGUGUCCAAGAGGAGACCUACAGGCAGAAACUAGUGGAGGUGCAGGCUGAGCUGGAGGACGCUCAGCGCAGCAAGAACGUCCUGGAAACUCAGAACAGAUUAAACCAGCAGCAGAUCUCAGAGCUGCGUUCUCAGGUGGAGGAGCUCCAGAAAGCGCUCCAGGAGCAAGACAGCAAGACUGAGGAUUCCUCCUUACUGAAGAAAAAGCUUGAGGAGCAUUUGGAGAAGCUCCACGAAGCUCAUUCAGAUCUCCAAAAGAAAAGAGAGGUCAUUGAUGACCUCGAGCCCAAAGUGGACAGCAACAUGGCAAAGAAGAUAGACGAACUCCAGGAGAUCCUGCGGAAGAAGGAUGAGGACAUGAAGCAGAUGGAGGAGCGAUAUAAACGUUACGUGGAGAAGGCGAGAACGGUGAUUAAAACCCUGGAUCCCAAGCAGCCAGUGGCUGCGACUCCUGACAUUCAGGCACUGAAGAACCAGCUGACAGAGAAGGAGAGAAAAAUCCAGCACCUGGAGCAUGACUAUGAGAAGAGCCGAGCCAGACAUGACCAGGAGGAGAAACUCAUCAUUACUGCAUGGCACAACAUGGGGAUGGCGUUUCAUCAGAAGGUGUCCGGCGAGCGGCUGGGUCCCUCUAACCAGGCCAUGUCCUUCCUCGCCCAGCAGAGGCAGUCCACCAACGCCAAGAGGGGCCUGAUGCGACACCAUCCGAGAUAAAGAUGUGCAGACAGGAGAACAAACAUUCUGAAAGGAAGCGUAGAGAAGAUGAGGUGAUCUACAGUAGACUUCAUCUGAACUCCUUGUACCUUGUUUGCCUUUAUGCCUUCAGUGCACCUCAGAGAGUAUUCCUCAUGCUGCUACUGCCCCCUGCUGGCUCGUUAUGGUACGAGAAUGUUUAUUUUCUCUGAGGAGCCCCAAGAGGAGAGACACACUGCUGUGUUAACCCACAGAAACAGAAAUGAAUGGAGUAGGAGUUGUAGGACCUGGAAAGAGGUUGUCUCACCUUUUAAGGUGACUUUUAUUUCCUCUGUAGCCUCUUGGACUCUUGGUCCUUUUUCUUUAAGGUCUGUUUUAAACCUUUUUUUUUAUUUUUUAUGUUAUACAAAUGGAUGUAAUGUGAAAUAGUUUUGUCAAGGUUACGGUUAGAUGAGCUAUUAGGGGUAUUGCAAUUACUAUUGAAUUACUACUGGAAGUGCUUAAGAAGCCCUGAAGCUACACAGGCUGUAGACUGAAAACCAAUUAUCACAUUCAGCUGUUAGUACAUGUCCUUAGUUUGGAUCAUUUGUUUUGAAUUUUCUCAUAGAUUUGAUUUUUGUCUUCUUGAUUAUGUGUUUUGAGAUGAGUUUGCGUUUAGUUUUAAUUUGAAAGUCCUCAAAAAGACGUAAAGAUCGUGAGGGUGUGUUAAUGGCUUUAGUCUCUUUUUUUCCCUCUCUGUGUUCCCUCGAAUCAUGUUCUCUGAACUCUAAUAUUCAUAAUAAGUAAAAUAGUUAGACUUUCAAAGGAUACACCAAAGCACUUUCAUAGAAGGGUUGGUUUGUUUAGUGCCUCUCAGAAUACUAAAAAUACUCCCUCUGUGGAUAAGACUGACGUUUUAGAUAUUCAGGGUCAACCCCUUUGCUCUGUCUCAUUUGACACAAAUACAUUUUACAUAAAGUAUACGUCACACUGCAGGCUGAUUCUGGUGAUCAUGUGACUUUCGUGAAUGAUUUUUAUGAACAAUGUUCUCAUUCGUUGCCUACAAAUUCAGUUAUUACUGGAAGAUUUUUUUUCUUCCUCUUCUUCUUCUUCUUCCCAAAAAUUUAAACAGGGUGUUGGUUGUGAGUAGGACCUAAUUGCACUUAACCACUUUAGGCUCUAAAACUGAUGUGAAUAUUGAUAAUUGAAGGCCUCCUAGUUUAUCACAAAAAAACCAAUAUAUACAGUGAGUACAUAAUGAUAAAAACACUACAAAUGACUCAGCUAAUGGCUGUUUACCGCUGCUUGACCUUUACAUUUUAACUGAACUGGAAGGAUAUGCAUUCAUCAAUACGCUGGAAUUCUUCUGUUGACAGGAAGUCAGAGGCAGACAUAAAGGUUGAGCCCGUAAUAGACACUACGUCUGCCUUUACUCACUACUGGUUAAUUUUCCUUUCCAACAGAUGUCGUCAUUUUCGUGUGUCCCAUAUCAGAGCUGCUGUUUUGUGACUUGUACUUGGUCCCUGUGAGUGUUUGUGCUAUGGUCCACGCAGACCAGAAUCUGCUGUUGUGUGCACACAUUUUUCUACCGAUGUUUCAUUAUUUGAGUUUAUAUUUAUGGUGUAUGAUGAUAAUGUCUUUGCUACACAUUUGCAUGGCUUGAAGGGGUUAACUUUUAGGUGUUUGUUUGUAUCAUAUUAAUGGUCUAGUAGAUUAUAGCAUAGUGUACUUCACACAGGGAUCUGAGGCAAGUCAAAGAUUUGUAGUCCUGUCUGUUCUACUUUUGCACUACAAAUAAAUGGGAUCUUAAGAUAAGA